UUCCACUAUAUACUUACUCUUAUUCUCUCAUUAUUUCAACUUUAUCAAGCAAAAUUAUAUAUCUUUCUCUCUGAUUUCUCUGCAAAACUCCCCAGUUGAUCAUAUUUCUCUCUCUCAUCAAAAUAUGGUACAGUCAAGAAAGUUCAGAGGCGUCAGGCAACGCCAGUGGGGCUCUUGGGUGUCAGAAAUUCGCCACCCUUUACUGAAGAGAAGGGUGUGGCUGGGGACAUUUGAGACGGCUGAGGCUGCAGCUCGGGCAUACGACCAGGCAGCCAUAUUGAUGAAUGGUCAAAACGCCAAGACAAAUUUCCCUGCUGGAAAGAGUAGUAACGACCUUAAUAACAGUGAGACACUAGUACCAGAUGAUGAUCACGAUGUUGAUCGCCAUGGUGGUCGUGAUGCAGCACCGUUGUGUCCCAAGGCGCUUUCGGAGCUACUUAGUAUUAAGCUAAGGAAGUCCUGCAAGGACCCUUCUCCUUCCCUCACUUGCCUUAGACUCGACAACGACAAUUCUCACAUCGGGGUGUGGCAGAAACGUGCCGGAUCUCGUGCUGGCUCCGACUGGGUCAUGAGAAUCGAGCUCGGCCGUGGCCAGAACAAGAACACCACCACCACUACCAACCCCACAGUAGCAACAACAGCAGCAGCGACUACUACUACUACCACUAGUAGUGCUACAACUAUUUCAGAUAUUGAUGAUCAAGAAUGGGAUCAACAUGUGGGAACCAAUAAUGUUGACCUGUUGACUAAGUCAACGAGAGUAGUACUUGGGAGUAGUAAGAGUUGUUCGGAGCAUGAUCAGCUGGUAGCAGCGGCCUGCAGCCAGAACGAUGAGGAUAAAAUUGCAAUGCAGAUGAUUGAAGAACUACUUAACUGGAAUUACCCUAUUUCUUCUGCAUCUUCUUCUGCUGAUUAUAUUGCUCCUGCUCAACAGUUUAAUAUCUAGUUAGUUAAUUUAGCUUUACAAAUAUUCAAAUUAGAUAUCCAACUUUAUAUAUAUAUAUAUAAAUAUAUAUAUAUAUAUUUAUAUGUAUAUAUAUAUAGCUACUAGAGCGUCAUCAUGUCAUGCGCAUAUAAGUAAUUGUUUGUAGCUAUAUAUAUAUAUUACUCGAUUACUCAUUUUAUAAACUGUAAGAAAGUGUAUUACACGAUCCAAUUGUUCAUUAGUACGUACUCUGCAUAGUAAAUUAACAUAUAUCAGAAGGAUACUGUGUCUUCC